AUGGUUUCGCCCAACGCCUUUUUGCUUGCCAAACAUGUAGCGAAUGAGCAUGGCAUUCUUCGUGAUGACACCUGCCCGCGGUGUAGGGAGAUAUUUUCAGCACCAUUCUUAAUGCGUGAACAUUUCCGCUCUGCACAUUUGGGCACUCUAUCUGCAACCAUGCCCUUGGUUUCGCAUUCACAGCCAUCUCCACCUUCGACUCCGACACACUACCCUAGCAACCUCAAUAGUUCGCUUGCUUCGUCCGCUCUUUUAUGUUCUGAUCAACCAAAAAAUGAAGCACGUUUCACUGGGUCAGGUAAUGAGAUGGAGACAGAGGAGGAAGUUGGAGAGGAAGUAUGUGAGGAGGACGACAGUGAAGGCGAAAGCGAAAAUAAUCUUUACAUGGCUUUAGGUAAGGCUCAGAGUUGGAAUGAAAAUUGGUCGGAGCAAACAGCUUUUGAGCCUAAGACUGAUGAAGUCGAAGAGGAGGAAGAUGUUGAUGAUGAAGAGGAUGACCUUGAAGAUGAUUAUGAAGAGGAAGAUGAGGAAGAAGAAGAUUAUGCUGUGAAAUCCAGAAAAACGUGUCCUGAUGCUGCUUCUCAUUUUCAGAGUCGUUUUUCUCCAAGAUCUGAUUCUCGUCGUUCUGACCUAUUAGAAGCCGUGAUACCAGCGACAUCGGCUUCAACUGUGGCAUCACGCUCUGCGCAAGCUUUUAGCGGAUCAUCGGGAUCCGGGACGAACUGUCGUCGUCGUGAGGACGGCCUCAUAUCACUCACCAAUCAGGCUCGCCAGUUGUCCGCUCAAGCCGGCUUUGCUUGUCCUUAUUGCCCAGUGAGCGACGCCGAUGGCUCCGGUAGCCCUGGAGAGUUCGCUUCACGAGGCCAACUCACACAACACAUUCGUGCUCGCCACCCCACUUCUUUGGCAUGUCCACAUUGUGGUAAAUGCUUUUUCCGUCGCUCCCAUCUGACACGUCACGUUGUCAAAGUGUGUGGCCGCACUGGGGGUUCUAAACGACCUCGCCCGGCCACCUCAUCGUCAUGUUGGAAGUCGUGCAGAUCCGUCUCGGCUAACAACCCAUCUCUUCUCAGAAACUCUGUCUUGCGAACACUGGCUUCGGAGCUCGAAUCAACUGGAGGCGUUGGCAGCAGAGACACAGAAUCUACCGAUGAGGGAGAUGGCAUUCAGGUUGAAGGAUCUCUUGCUGUACAGUCAGAUUUCCCUAAGAUUCGCACGCCUCGUCUCUGGGAUUCGGAGCCUGGUUCCACUUCUAGAGGUCCACUUAACAAGGUAUCUGGUGAUCGACAUUCGGAGUUGUCCGAUUGGAGUGGCCUUAAUCGGCGAUCUGACGCGAAUUCCAGACCAAAACCAAUCCAGAUGUGGCCACAAACCGUGUCUGCUGCUCUUGUGCAGUCUCCUGAAUUUGGUACAGAAUUUACAUAUUUGUAA